ACAGCAUCACCUUCCUCCAACUCGAAUCCAAAUCAAACCAUACGCAGUCCAGAAACCCGGAAGCCAUCCCUCCUCCAGAUUAAAUUCUCUGUUUGUAAACUCUUUCGCGUGUAAAAAACAGUGUAAGAGUUGCCAUUACUGUUCAGAAUUUUGCUAGGUUUUCGUCUCGAUUAAAGUUCGACGAACUGUAAUUAUUAUACUUUCCAGCUAGCGAUCUGAAAUUUCUCCAGUAAGCAAUAGGUUAAAUUCAAUUCCCCUUCGGAGAAAUUCUUUUGACAUUGACCAGUUCAAAGAAAACACAGUCUAUUACAAGAAUCGAAGUAAGGUUUGGUUUAUGAAUUUGAUCUUAACCCUUCAAACAAGUUAGUCCUAGAUUCAAGAUUGCGUCUCUCUGCCGUUCUCUCUCCCUGUUCGUUUCAAAUGUUAGCGUCGGUUGGAUUAGAGUAUUUUGCACACGCGUGGAAGUGCGUGUAUAUAUAGGUAGAUCUUUCUUUGUGGAUUUGCAAGUCUUGAUAGGGUUUCUGAGAAUUUUGAGAGAGUUGAUUGAGGAAGAUGAGUCGAGGUGGGAAAUCGUGUAGUGAUGCUCCAAGCACAAGGGAUUUAAUCUGCGACGCCGCUGCUGGUGCAUCCGCUGGUGCAAUUGCGGCCUCCUUUGUGUGCCCACUAGAUGUGAUCAAGACAAGAUUGCAAGUUAAUGGCCUCCCUGAAGCGACCCAGUCAGGUGGCAGAGGUAGUAUCAUAAUUACGAGCCUACAGAAUAUAGUAAAGAAUGAAGGUUUUAGAGGAAUGUAUCGCGGACUCUCACCAACAAUAGUAGCUCUACUUCCAAAUUGGGCAGUUUACUUCACAGUUUAUAGGCAGCUAAAAUGUCUUCUCCAUUCGCCCGAGGAUGACCAACUCACAGUUGGUGCAAAUAUUAUAGCUGCUGCUGGGGCAGGGGCUGCUACAGCUCUUACAACUAAUCCAUUGUGGGUUGUGAAGACAAGACUCCAAACACAGGGAAUGAGGUCGGGUGUGGUUCCCUACAAAGGUGUGUUUUCUGCUUUGAGGAGGAUUACAUAUGAGGAAGGUUUGCGAGGGCUGUAUAGUGGCAUUUUGCCCUCGUUAGCUGGGAUAAGUCAUGUCGCAAUUCAAUUCCCAACAUAUGAAAAGAUCAAGUCAUAUAUGGCUAAAAAAGAUGGUACUACUGUUGAUGAACUUAGCCCCGGACGUGUUGCAGUUGCCUCUUCGAUGGCAAAAAUAGUUGCCUCUGUGAUGACAUAUCCACACGAGGUUGUACGCUCACGGCUUCAAGAACAAGGGCAGGUAAGGAAUGCUGAGGUCCAAUAUUCAGGAGUAGUUGAUUGCGUCAAGAAGGUCAUCCGAAAGGAAGGUCUUCCUGGCUUUUACCGUGGCUGUGCUACUAACCUAUUACGAACAACACCAUCAGCCGUCAUUACGUUCACAAGUUAUGAGACGAUACGUAAAUACCUGGUACGAGUACUCCCAUCAGCCAAGCAGCAUUGCCACGCACAGCCCAAACCUGGCGGGCGUAUCAAACCUCUGCAAGAAUUAGGGGGAACCGGGGAGGAAGAAGAAGCAGAUAACGUUACGCGGCAAAAACAAUCGAAUAAGAUAAGUCCUUCCCUUCCGCUGCCAAACAAAGAGCAACUAACAGCCAGACACUGACUAUUUUUUCAAUUUCUGAACUUGGUUCCCCCACAAAUUUUCCAUUUUUUUUUUCCCUCAAGUGUGAAGAUGAAUAAAAAUGAAGUUCAAUUUUCUCUCAAUCUUAUUUAAGAUUGUAUAUAUUGGAUCCCACAAAUUUUGGUGAAUUACACAUCAGUUCUUUUAAUUU